AAAUCUUUAAAGAGUUUUAAAAUUAUUGUUGGAGAAAGAAACUUGUAAAAUUUAAUGCGAUAGUCACAAAAGCUUAAGGACAUAUUAUCUUUAUAGGCUUUAUUUUAAGUUUCUUGCUCACAAUUUCUUCCAAUAUUGGUAAAGUUUGAAGUUUGAAUAAUAAAAUAUUAAAAUAAUACAAAAUAAAUCUGUCUUUAUAGAUUUUCAAUAACUAAAAGCGGAAUUAAUCUCGUUUGUAUUUCAAAAAUUAUAGCUAUAUUAAUUACAAAAUCUGAACAAAUAGAUUUUAGCAAACUCUAAGAAAAUAUUUUACAUGAUCUUAACCAAGUCAUCGUAUUUUUUUUUUCUGUGUGCCCCAGUUUCUGUGAGCAUUCCCCGCCCACCUCAAUUUUUUCUUGGCGCCCUUUUUUAAUUUAGUUUUUUUUUCUCAUUUGCUCGGCAAAGUUGUAGUUUGAUGUUAUGACCAGAGCGAGAGGGCCUGCACUUGCCGUGCUCCUUCAUCCAUCUUCCACUAUCUGUCCCUUUGGAUAAACCAUAAUUACUUCCUUGAACUGCUGCGUUUUUGCUCCGUUCCUCUGUCUCUCGGCCUGUUUGUGUUUACUUCGCUGGCCAAAAAAAAAAAACAAAAAAAAAAGAAGCUGAGAAAAAAAACAAAAACCAUUGAGCGGAAGUCCGAGAUUGCCAUAAGAGUGCUCUGGGUCCUAUUGCUUCCGCUUUUCCUCAUUUCCCAGCCAGGCCGAAAAGUGGGCCUCAGUUGGCCGAAAACAAACUAGUUGGAUGAAUAUUAAUUAAAUGAGCUUAAGGAGUGGCCAUAAAUGCAGUUUGCAUUUAGUAUUUAGUAUUACUGCGUUGAUGCAUUUGUUGUUAAUUAAUUUUCUAGAAAAAUACGACGAAAGUUGAAUGAAAUUAACAGAAAGAAAAGCCAAGUAAGGCAAAGACAGAAGGAAUAAAAAAGGUGUCACACCGACGCAUCAUUCUAGUUGCUCCUUUUGUGAGUGUUGGCGUGUGUGGACGGGUCACCGGCACCCAGCUAAACCACCGAACUGCCACCCACUACCACCCACCGCCCCUUUUCUGUGAAAAGAGCAACAGUGCUGUCCUUUUUUUUCUGUCACUUUUUGUUGUUGCCUUGCCUUCUACUUUUGUGUGCCGCCUACGCUGCCAGCUUGUUGUUGUUUUUUAUAGCUGUCACCUUUCGGAAAUAAUCAUAUAUGUGUCAGCGGGGAGGCGGUAAAAAGGGGGCGGUGGCGGGGGCGGGGGCGGUUUGGCAGCACUUCGCUUCGUUUGCUUUAGCUUUUCUAGUUGCUCCCUGUCUUUUUUUUUCUAUGUGUGGGUAUACUUCUUCUCCAGCUGCUUCUUUUUCUAGCUAUCUAUUUUUCUUCUCGCAUAAAGCACUAACACUCACACAUACACUCGCAUAAGCGUACACACACACAUACACAAUGUUGGGCCGUAAAAAAAUAGUAGUAGCUGCCCGAGCGCGUUUGGUUUUUCGUACGCUCUGGUUUUUACGCUCUAAUUACGACUCCUACGACACCAGCUCCACCACCCACCAGCCAACACCCACUCGCACCUGGCUACACCAUCCACCCCCCUUCCCUUUCAUAGACCAACAACCCCUCCCUCCACACGCCAUCGCACCUGAUGUGCAAUUGCCAUGGCGGCGCUGUCUAAACAAGGCUCACUUGCUGAUCUCGCUCCUGCUUUUUUACCUUCUGCCAGGGAUGCUUUCAAUUUGCAAUGGCUGCUGUCAUUUCAGCUCAAUAGCAGCCAGCUCACUCCCGCCACGCCCUCUUUUAGCAAACGCCCACCAAUUUCGCCCCCGGCUUUCCUGGCCAAACCUUUGGGCUUAAAUUGUUGUUUGCUUUAACAUUUUUUAAAACAUUCGUAUCCCACAAAAAAUUCCUUUGCUAACGAACGCAUAUUCAGCAGCUCAAAAAUAUCUCACAUUAAAUGAUAUGUUUAAAAAAAUGUUAAUAACUUUUUAAGCAAAAGAAUUCAUGCUCGUCACGUAGCAGUACAAAAAUAUACAUCUUUUUAUUUUAGCAAGAAUAUUUUUCAGUACAGAAAGCCAUACCACACCAUUACAAUAAACAACAAUAGUUGUCAAUAAUAAAAAAAAAACAAAAACUCAAACUAAGCUGAGUUGAAAAAAAGAAUUAGAAACUAGUUUUGAAUCUUUUAGCUUUUAAAUAUUUUUUUCUGAUCAACAACUAUUUACCAUCAAUGGUUUCCGGUGUUAAAGUUUUUCCUUUCUUUAAACUCAUUUUUCACACAGUUACUUAGUUAUAUUGCACAUUUUUUAAAUACCUUAACCGCAGUUUUUAUUGCGGCCAAAUGAUUUGGUUGCGGCCGCCAUCGAUUUUAAAUAAUUGCACUAAUUAAAUGAUGCAACAGUCGUGAAUGGCAAUGGCUUAACGCAAUUUCUGUGCAGUCGGGGUGGCAGUAAAAAAUUUUUAUUGCGCUUUAUGAAAACAUUUAGUAAAUGAAAAUUGUUUUUCUUGACUGCUGAGCCGGAAAGUGGGCAAUCAUUACAGAAGUUGCGCCUGCAUUGAAGAUUUAAAUUUCCUUUGGCUUUAUUACUCCACCAGUUAUACACACAUUCGAGGGAAAGUCAAAAGUGGCCAAUUAAAUUUAUAAUAAUAAAAGUGAAACUCAACCGCAUGUACAUACACAUACACACUUAUCUUUUACUCGCCUUUCUGCUGGCUAGCAACGCUUUGCGUGGCCGUAAACCGAAAAUUUGUAAACCAAAAUUAUAAUGAAAUGCAUAUUUAGUUAAUUUUAACUUACACCGAAAACUUUACUUAAUUAGACCAACUUAAAGCCGCACAAAAUGUGAAGAAGCUUCGAUGGGCAGCGGGGAAAGGGGGAAAACAAUGAGUUCCCCUUUUCACCAAAAAUUCUUCCAUUUUCCACUCGUAAAGUGAACUUUUUUUUGGUGUUUUUUACUUUUGCUGCUCCAUUCUCUCUUCAAUAUUUUUUAAUGAAACCAUAAAGUUUAUAAUUACCAUAAAAUGUACUUGUUCGGUUCGUUUUUGUCCUGAGGUUUCUUCAUGAUGGGAAAAAAAAAACUUUAGUUUGACCUGGCACACACGUAUAUAUAUGGCGCUGGGCGUGGGCGUGCAUGUGAGUAAGGCGUGGCAUUUCAUAAACUAAUGCCAAAAUGGUACAAAUUUAUGGCAAGAAAUAUGAGAAACGAGUUGAACUCCAAAGUCCGGCACAAAAGGCACGGGCUAGGUGACACACACUCCUACAAAUAUACCAUAUGUGGUGACCCCGGCGCAGCUUUGUUUUUGGCCAAACGUGCGAAUAUUUUUGCAACUUUUGGCCCAAAGUUGCACAGGAAAUGGGUCUGGCAUAUGGUUGCCACCGGGCCAGGAUACGAGGACAUUAGAACGGCAGGAACCGGCCCUUAAUCCCAUGACCCCCCCUGCGCAGAAUGCGUUUGCUUUGGUUUUUGAUUUGUUUUUGUUGGCCUAGGCACAAACGAACGAACGAACGAACGGGCCUGCUGCAUGCAGAUGCGAGAAUAUGCUUUAUGUAGGCGCUGACACAGUGGGCGUGGCUGUGGUCAGGGGCGGAAAAUUCAAUUCAAUUGUCAACAGCACCCAAUGGCCAGUAGCUAGCUCAUCCUCAUCCCCAUCCUCGUCCACUUCGCUGCGCUGUGGCCACAGACCUAGGCGCCAGUUUAGAGGUUUGAGUUCGGGGGAUUCGGGCCUAACAUCUUUCCCCGGUCCCCAGUCCCUGUACCAACCGCUCAACUGCUGCACUCACAACACGUUAUAUAAUGUGGCAUCAUUUUGUGGUCAGCAUUUAUGCAGACCAUAUACAAUUUUGCAGGCCUUUUGUUGACAUGGGCCGGACAAACCCCUCAUUUUGCGGUUUAUGCAGAGAGGGUCCACGUUCACGUUCACCUUCACCCUCUUCCCUGACUUUUGACUGCAAUGGAGCAGCCAUUUAAUGCAGAAGCCAUGUCAAAAGUCAUCUCCUUUGAACAACUCAAUAUCCUUUAGGGGCGCAGGAUAGCCUCCUUUUGCUCGCCCACAUUAAUUGAUUCUUAUCGAAUGGAGUGGAGUGGAGUGAAGUUGGCAGGGACAGGAGCCAUUAGCAGUGGCAAACAAAAUAAACUGAUACCACCAGGUCACGACGAGUCCUUUGCCUGACUGCCGGCGCAUGAUUAUUAUUUUAGUCAUUGUUUUGCCGUUAUUGUUGUCCUGGUGGUUUUGCCAUUUCAAGCAUCUUUGGCUUGUCAUGCGAGAUACGUUGAGCGCUGACAACGGGGACACAACAAUGGUAAAAUGUAUUUUUUAAUUGUACUCCCGAGUAAAAACAUAUAUCAACCAAAACACAGCAGCUACAGGAGGAAAACGAAAACAAAAACGAAAACAAAAGCAAAAACAAAAACAAAACAAGAACCAUGAACUCUACAAACUCUCGACUCUCAAGCGGAAAUGGCAGACCAACGACAACAACAAGACCAGCAAUAAUAAUAACAAGUACAUAUAGCAAUGGCAAUGGCAGCUCCCGACCAGCUUCAGAUUCAGAUGCCACACUGAAGGAACUAAGGGGUUGCUCAAUUUAAAAAAAAGUCCCUACUUAGGUUUAAAUUAUUUUUAAUUAUAUCUGUGUUACCACUUUUAUAAUUGUUUAACAAUUCAGUUUUAGAAAAUUAAAGGUAAAAGUUACACUUGACAUCCUUUAUGUGAGAAAAUUAAAACGUAGUAAAUGUUUUGAGGAAAUUAUUCUUAUGAGUUGUAAACUAAUUUUAAUUUUUUCUAAAAUUAUUCACCCUGAGUCUUGAAUAUAAAAAUGUCACUCACAAAGCAAAUUUGUGACAAUCAUUCGUAAAAUGUAACCACAGCUUUUAUAUUCUUGUUAAAAUGGUAGAAAAAAUAUUUACUUCCCCUGAGAAACAUAAGAAUAAUGAGGAAAAUAAACUUAUUCCAUAUGUCACUUCAACAAUGUUCUUGUAAAACUUAAAGAACAAAUAAUUACUUCCCCUGAGAAAUACAUGAACAUAUAUAUGAGUCUCAUACUCAUAUCAAUCAGUCUUAUGUCAGUUGCAUUAUUUGGCAAAACCUCUAAUUAAUUUUGAACCACGAUAGAGGAAUGCUUUUUCUCCCUGUGCAACUCCCUCGCAAAUGUGAGCUCUGGGUUGGAGGCAUCAUCAGGGGCAGAGGCAGCCUCAAGUGGCGCUUAAUGAAAGCGCAACAGACAACGGGAGGACCACAGGCACACGACCACAGGACAACUGAGUGGGACAGGAUCGGGGGACAGGCGGCACGAGGCAGAAGGCAGGGACAAAUACACAGAAACACAGUCGAGGCAGGACAACUAAAUAGGCGAACCGCAAAAACUCAUCGUCAAGGAGCGACAGAUAUGGCUAGGGAAAAGGGAAAUAGAUGGGGAAUCCAACUAUGCAGCAAUAAUAAAAUUCACGGGAACUGAGAUGGAAGCAGUCCGUUGGAUCUCAAGCCGAUACCACUCCCGGAUCCGUAGCCGUACUCCGGUUGCCGGAGUCGAAAGACCGGAAAGGAGGAGCCGCUCGUACUGUGGCUGGGGCUGUCACUUAGCGCGUGACAUGUGUCAAAACAAGCGCCCACCGCAGCGAGACCGUGACCAGAGACUCAGAGCCUUAGAGCCUCCUGCACAAGUGCAUCCCGUGUCCUGGGAGUGCUGUUAAUAGCCACCCACAGGAGUAGUGAAAUGGAUUUGGUUGGGAGGAAGCCUCAAAAUUGGUGACGAGCCAUUCUGAGUGGGUGUAACCUAACCUUAAUGGAGAUUGACUUCAAAUAAAGAAUACUUAGCCACAUCAAAACUAAGACCCGUUUUCUUGACUCCCUGGUUAGCUAGCAGUUAGUUUUAAACUGAAAAAUUGCAGACGAUUUCUCAGUUUUUAGCCUACUUCCAUCGUGAAGCAAUAAAAGUUGUGUUUUGAAAACCAAAUCACCAAAAGGGUACUUAAUAAACUUUAAUUUUUCAAUUUAAACCAUUCUUGAGCUGAAGGAAAAGUAUUAAAAAAAUAAUUAUAUAUUAUUAAUACAAAUAUCCACUAACAAGAGACUUUUUUUUCAAAUAAGACUGUGUAUAGAUGGUUAAUAACUCAAUUACAGCUCGACAAUUUAGUUUGACAACAUGUAUAGUGAGUGGAAAAAGAAACUUUAACAUGGAUGUCCUCUUUUAAGUGGUAUCUAUAAUUCUGUUUUAACAGACUUUUAAAAUACUAAACGUAAAUAUACAAUUAAUGUAAAUGAGGUAAUUUUAGAGCUUAGGUAGAAUUGUUGCAGAUAUAACAAUUUCUAGUUAUAUACCCAUUACGCUCAUAGAUUUAAGACUUACUUACUUGCUUAUUGAGUUAACAAUGCUAGUAAAAUAUUAAAAUAAUAUUUACCAAUAUCAGAUCAGGGAUUUAGAAAUGCAUUGAAUAUUCUUUUCUAUAGACUUUCCAAUCCAGCUUUCUAACACAUCCAUCAAUAUGUAACUAUAUUAAAACAAACGGCAAAUCAAAUCCUCUUUGUUAACUUUUAACAAAACAAAAAUAACACCAACGGCUAACGUGUAAAAAUGGGUUCGUUAGGUAUUCAUUUAUGCAAUGGCUUUAAAAGCUUCAGUUUCCUGGGUGGAGCAGAUAGCGUUCCUUGUUUGUCAAAUAUUUCCCUUGCAUGUGCAGCAAACAUUUCUCUCUCGAAUUGAACACCCAGUGGAGUUCAAACACCCAGGAGCGAUUCGCAGUCCAAGGAUCGCUGGCGGGGAGUUAUCGUUUGCGUGAUUUACACUCCCAAUUGCAUGGCAAUUACAAGUCCAUUAACAUUGCCAUUAACCCUUGGAGGGCCUUCUCCAAACGAGAAUGGCCAGCGUGGUAGAGUGGGAGAGUGGGUGAGAUGAAGUGCAGCACAAUGGAUACAAUGACCGGGGCGAUUAAUGGUCAAGCAGGCGAGAGCUAUUUAUGGGCCAGGAAGAACCCAUAUUUCCUUGACAAGGACAAACUGUUGCCCCCUCAAACUCAGUUUUGUAUUGUAAAUAUUCACAAAACUCACACUGCCCCGAGAUAAGUGUCUCUUCGGGAGCCAUCCCGCCUCCUUCCGGUUUGUGUUUGUCAAAUAAGCAGCUUUCCUCAAGUGCCAAGUGCCAUUGACAGCAGUCCAGAGGAGGGGUCUUACCCCAAAACACACUUCUGCGAGAGUGUGUGUGUGCGACCGCAGUGCACGAUGGGAUUUAGGUUUAUUAAUUAACCAAUUUUAUGCCUGACCAAUAUAGAGCCCGACCGAGAUGGCUUAGACCUCAACUAGGAAUUAUAGCCAUCUUUGGUGGGAUUGAAUUAAGUGAAGUUGCCCCACUCACACGUAUCAAUUACCGACUUGAUGACACCGCAGUGCACACAUUGUCAUACCGAGCAUUCGUAUGCGAAAUGUACAAAUAAAAUGCAUAAAACUUUGAUUUAUUUCCACGUAAAACAAACAUUGAAAGGGCUCAACGUCGCCCAGUUCAAAUACACAGUUGGGGGAGUCGUACGUAAUCCCAGGUGGGACUUCCCUUAUGCCAACCAUUUCGCCCUUCAGCCGCCGCUGCCUGUUUAUGUGUACACAUUCAUUAAAAUGUCGAACAUCGAAAGUGCCUAUUCAGGUUGUUGCCACGCCCACGGCACACAUACAAACACACAAACCCAC